AUGUCUAUGGAGGAUGAGGAGGAGGAGUUUGCGCACUCUAGAUUUGGGGAUCAAAGACUCCUUUUAACCAAGAGACCUCAUCAAGCUAGGCGACACAUUCUGGAUCUUUCUGAUCCACACUCAAGAGGACGACUACGACACAUGGAUCUACCUUUUAGCCAUAUAGACAUUUAUCAUGGGUUCAAGUUUUGUCUUGACUCCUUAGGAAACGACAAUGAUUUUGAUCAGGAGGAGACAGAUACAGUCAAAGCCAAACCCUCUUUAGGAGGUAAACCUGCACGCUUUGACACUGUGGUUGUGAUGGAUACUUCAGAUUGUGAAACCACUGGUCUUAAAGGUACAAGAAUUGGUCGCUUGAAGGUCAUUUUCAAAUUACCUUCACAAGUAUAUGGCUCCGUUACUCCUGCUUGGACUAAGGAUCCACUGGCUUAUGUUGAGUGGUAUGCACCUUUAAAGCCUGCUGCUGAAGAUUAUCAUGAAAUGUAUCUUGUCAAAAAAUGUCUAUCUAACGCAGAUGGCUUUACCCCAGGCCAAGUAGUGGUCUGCAACCUGGCAAAUACUGACCAACCUAUCUGUGCUGGACCACCACCAUCUGUGGUUGCUGGACCACAACCACCUGUUGAUGAAUGGGUUGGUGCAGGAUAA